CAGUACAAGUUAGACCGCGACGUGGAGAGCGCGCGCCACUCGCUCCUACACACACCUCGCGGAAAACUGCACUCUCUUAUAAAUUACUAAACAUUUUCUCAAAAAAAAAUAUAGCAACUGCUACUGAAAAAUUCCAAAUUACACCACUCAAAAAUCAACUAUGAACACUCGGCACUAACUACCGGCAAAUUAAUUUCGCGCUUCAACCCGUGACCAAUUCGCUUUAUUCUGCACGCGCCGGCUAUGGAUGUUCAGUUGUAACUUGCAGCCAGUGAAGAUGAUGGCUAGUGCGAAGCUGGUGCGGGAGUGCUCGGAGCUGGGGUCCGAGGCGCGCUCGCUGUCGCUGGCGUCCUCCACCGAGGAGCCUGACUCCUGUACCACCGAGUCUGACUACUCGGAGGAAGAGAAGGAGUAUGAGCUCGACGAUCUGCAGAUUCUUAAAACCAUCGGAACGGGAACCUUCGGUCGCGUGUGCCUCUGCCGAGACAAGGCGGCGGAUGAGUACCUGGCCAUGAAGAUCCUGUCCAUGGCCGACGUCAUCCGGCUGAAGCAGGUGGACCACGUCAUGAACGAGAAGAGCAUCCUGGCGGAGAUCAACCACCCGUUUAUUGUCAACUUACGGUGGUGGACGCACGACGACGCCUGCAUCUACAUGCUGUUCGACUACGUGUGUGGCGGAGAGCUGUUCUCCUACCUGAGGAAUGCUGGCCGGUUCAGCAACACUACUGGAAACUUCUACGCGGCAGAGAUCGUGUCAGCGCUAGAAUACCUGCACGCGCGCAACAUCGUGUACCGGGACCUGAAGCCCGAGAACCUCCUUCUAGCCCGGGACGGACACCUGAAGAUCACCGACUUCGGGUUCGCCAAGAAGCUGACGGACCGGACCUGGACUCUGUGCGGCACCCCCGAGUACCUCGCGCCGGAGAUCAUACAGAGCAAGGGGCAUAAUAAGGCGGUGGAUUGGUGGGCUCUAGGCGUCCUCAUCUACGAGAUGCUGGUGGGCUACCCCCCCUUCUACGACGACAACCCCUUCGGCAUCUACGAGAAGAUCCUGAACGGGCGCGUGGAGUGGCCGCGGCACCUGGACCCCCUCGCCAAGGACAUCAUCAAGAAACUGCUCGUGCAGGACCGCACCAAGAGGCUUGGCAACAUGAAGUGUGGAUCCGAGGAUGUCAAGAGGCAUAGAUGGUUCAAGGUCAUCGACUGGGCAGACGUCUUCAUGAAGAAACUUCAGCCCCCAAUCGUGCCUUCAGUGUCGUACGAGGGGGACACCUCUAACUUCGACGAGUACCCCGAGACAGACUGGAAGGCUGCCCGAGCCCUGGAUCCCGAUGAGCUGAAACUCUUCGCCAACUUCUGAUCUCCUAGUACCAAGCACGUUGGCCGCUGAUGAUUUAACUUCCCGUGUAAAUAGUAACUAGUAUACUUAUGUAAGAAGUUUAAAUGAUUGUCAAUGACUAGUCGUAUGUCCGUUUGAGUAGGUUUUAAGCAUCGCCCAACAUAAGAAUUUUUAAGGCGAUUUUUAUCUUUCUAAAGCAAACGGGCAUUAUAAUGUAAUGGUUAGGUUUAAAAUGCCUCUUGUUAGGCGACCGUUUCAACUAAGGUCGAUAUUUGAUUCCAUUUGACAAGUUAAGAGUUAAUUGUAAAAGAUGUUCAUAUUUUUGUUAAUUGAUAAGGUUUUAAAGAGGCAAGUGGCGCCAUCUAGGUGAGUUAAACCGUCCCAGAGAGAGGCGAAGCGGGGCUUUGCUAGCAUUUGUUAAAUAUAACGGUUUGGAGUUUAUGUAGUCGCCCUAUACCCAGUAGUGCACUAAAGUUUCCUUGGUCCCUAGUUGAGUGUCAUGUUUUUAAUAAAAUGUGUAUAUACCUAGAUAUAGAAUAGUCACUGUAAAUAGUUUUCUAGUAUUACGUACUAGUUUAGAUGUAAAAUGCUUAGAAUUAAUAUCACGCCGUAGAAUUCCAUGCUUUCAUUGCAAAAUAAUAUUAAAGGCGUUUAUUUAGGUGUAUUGUUAUUUAAUUUUGAUGUGAGUUUUACUGCAUCGGUUGAUUGUGAUUUGUACGUUACUAGUUUUGGUAGGAGUUUAAGUUCACUAUUUAUGAUUUGUUUAAUUUAUAUAUAAGUAAUUAUGAAAAAAAACUAAUUCUUGCAACUAAGCAAGCCUCGUUGUUGAUGUUUUUAACUCGGUGUGUACCUUCCCGUUGCCAUACACACGUAGAAUUUGUAGUGUUCACAAGAACAUCAUUUUUAUGAAAAUAAAUAGGUACUUAACUAAUUUAUCUUUAUAUUUAAAUCUUAUCCAUUUACUUUUAACUAUACCUAAUUAUAUUGUUAACAAUAUCCGCACACUAAUUUUAUUAGAUGUAUAUUGUGUAUGGUGUGAAUCUACAUUAGGUAUCAAAAUGUUCUAGCUGACAAAAACAACAAUAACUUAUGUAAGUACGUAAAUAAUGCCUAUUAUUUUGCAUAACAAUUAUGUAACUAUGAAGGUUUUUUUAAUAUUACUUACUUACAUAGGUUAAUAAUUAUACAGGAAUUUAUGACCCUUUAUCUUAUGAUAGUUAUCUUUAUACGACAGAGUUGUAUAUUUAUAAUUAAAUAAAAUAUGUUGUGCGGAAA